UGCUGAAACAGAAUGAUAGUAUAAAACUGUGAUGAAAACACCCCCAAAAUCUCCACCAUCUUUCCGCCGCAGCAAUGAAACGUGAGAUGGUAGGCUUAAGCGUGAUCCUCGAAAACCACAGAGAUCUCUCCGUCAGAAGAAGAAGCCCCCAAAUUCUCAGCAAAGGCGCCAUGAUCAGACCUUCCUCUCCUCCAUUUCUCGAGAAUUGCUCCCUCUGCCGGCGAAAAUUAUUGCCAGGAAAAGACAUAUACAUGUACAAAGGGGAUAUGCCGUUUUGCAGUGUGGAGUGCAGGUCCAGGAAGAUUUUUAUCGACGAAAAGGAGAGCUGCGAAAAGAGUUGUACGUUUGAGUACACCUGUUCAGCUGCUGCUGCCCCGCCGCCGCCGUCGUCUUCCCGCACCGCCAAGGCUGACCGUGCGCGUUUUUCCGUUUCUGCCCCUUGCUGAUUUCGUUUCUACCCCGACCGUGUUGAGGGUGUUUUUGGAAGUUCCACUUCUUAUGUUGAGAACAUUUUAUUUUUUAGAGCGAAUUGAAUGUUCCUCUUUUUUUUUCUGGUUUAAUAUUAGUAGUAAUAUUUUAUUUGAUCUCUGCAUGUUCGAAAUUCAACCAAAUACGAAAAUAAUAUCAAUAUUCACAAACUCAUUUUAUUUGUGUUUUAAUAUAAAAAGAAGACAUAUUUCACUAA